GCCACCAGGGAAGCCCAACACAUACGUAUUUUUAAACAGUGGCUCAGUGGUGCCUGCAGCCUCACGGCUCCUGCUGUCUCCAGCGAUGACUCACAGAGUCCUUCUACUAACAGCCUUGGCCUUAUGUCACGGGUUCAACCUGGACACGGAAAAAGCAGUCAUCUUCCAAAACAAUGCAAGGGGCUUCGGGCAGAGCGUGGUCCAGCUUGAGGGAUCCUGGCUGGUGGUUGGAGCCCCCCAGGAGAUAAAGGCUUCCAAUCAAACGGGCGGCCUCUACCAGUGCGACUGCAGCAUGGGCAAGUGUGAACCCAUCCCCCUGCAGGUACCCCCGGAGGCUGUGAACAUGUCCCUGGGCCUGUCUCUGGCGUUCACCCCCAGACCUUUCCAGCUGCUGGCCUGUGGCCCCACUGGGCACCAUAUCUGCAAGGACAACACCUAUGCAAUCGGCUUCUGCUUCCUGUUUGAACCCAACCUACUGCAGCAACCCAGGAGGCUCCCAGAGGCCCUCAGAGGGUGCCCUCAGAAAGAGAGUGACAUUGCCUUUUUGAUUGAUGGCUCUGGUAGCAUCAACCCGACAGACUUUCAGCGGAUGAAGAACUUUGUCUCAACUGUGAUGAGUCAAUUCCAAAAGUCCAGAACCUUGUUCUCUUUGAUGCAGUACUCUGAAGAAUUUCAGACUCAUUUCACCUUCAACGAUUUCAAGAGAAACCCUUCCCCGGCAUCGCUGGUGAGGCCAAUAACACAGCUGUUGGGGAGGACACACACGGCCACAGGGAUCCGCAAAGUUGUAAGAGAACUGUUUCACAGCAGAAACGGAGCCCGGGAGAAUGCCCUUAAGAUACUGGUUGUCAUCACAGAUGGAGAAAAGUUUGGCGAUCCUUUGGACUACAAGGAUGUCAUCCCUGAAGCGGAUAGAAAGGGGGUCAUUCGCUACGUCAUUGGGGUGGGAGAUGCCUUCAUCAGUGACAAAUCUCUAAAAGAGCUCGAUACCAUCGCAUCCAAGCCGCGUGGUGAUCACGUGUUCCAGGUGAAUAACUUUGAAGCUCUGAAGACCAUUCAGAACCAGCUUCAGGAAAAGAUCUUUGCGAUUGAGGGUACGCACACAGGAAGUACCAGCUCCUUUGAGCAUGAGAUGUCUCAGGAAGGCAUCAGUGCUGUCUUCACCUCCGAUGGUCCCUUGUUGGGUGCUGUGGGGAGCUUUGACUGGGCUGGUGGAGCCUUUCUGCAUACGCCACAGGAUAAAGUCACCUUCAUCAACACAACCAGGGUAGAUUCAGACAUGAAUGAUGCUUACCUGGGUUAUGCUGCUGAAGUCAUCUUGCGGAACCGGGCGCAAAGCCUGCUUCUGGGGGCGCCUCGAUAUCAGCACAUCGGCCUGGUGGUGAUAUUCAAAAAGGACGCAGGUGCUUGGGAGAAAAACGUUGAAAUCAAGGGCAGCCAGAUCGGCUCCUACUUCGGGGCCUCCCUCAGCUCCGUGGACGUGGACAGAGAUGGCAGCUCCGACCUGGUCCUCAUCGGGGCCCCCCAUUACUAUGAGCAGAGCCGGGGUGGGCAGGUGUCCGUGUGCCCCUUUCCCCGGGGGAGGGCUAAGUGGCAGUGUGGUGCUGUCCUGCGAGGGGAGCAAGGCCACCUCUGGGCCCGCUUUGGGGCAGCUCUGACGGUGCUGGGGGAUGUGAACGGGGACAGGCUGUCGGACGUGGCCAUCGGGGCCCCAGGAGAGCAGGAGAACCAGGGUGCUGUCUACCUGUUUCACGGAACCUCGGGACUGGGGAUCAGCCCCGCCCACAGCCAGCGGAUCACAGGCUCCCAGUUCUCUCCGAGGCUCCAGUAUUUUGGGCAGUCACUGAGCGGGGGCCAGGACCUCACAGGGGAUGGACUGGUGGACCUGGCUGUAGGGGCUCAGGGGCACGUGCUGCUGCUCAGGUCCCAGCCAGUGCUGAAAGUUGAGGUGACCAUGGAUUUCACACCCAGGGAAGUGACAAGGGAUGUGUAUGAGUGUCGUGAGCGGGUGGUGAAAGGAAAGAUCGCUGGGGAGGUCAGAGUCUGCCUCCGUGUCCGCAAGAACACACGGGACAGGCUGAAAGAAGGAGAUACCCAGAGCACCAUCACAUAUGACCUGGCUCUGGACCCAGGUCGCCCACAUUCCCAGGCCAUCUUUGAUGAGACUAAGAACAACACUCUCAGACAUAUAGUGACGUUGGGGCUAAGUCAGCAAUGUGAGACCCUGAAGCUCCGGUUACUGGAUUGUGUAGAGGACUCAGUGACCCCCAUUGCCCUGCGCCUCAACUUCUCUCUGGUGGGGAAGCCCUCGUCCCAUUUUGGGAACCUCCGGCCAGUGCUGGAUGUAGACGCUCCAACACUCUUCACAGCCUCGUUUCCCUUUGAGAAGAAUUGUGGCAAUGACAGCAUUUGCCAGGAUGACCUCAGCAUCACCUUCAGUUUUAUGAGCCUGGACACCCUGGUGGUAGGUGGUUCUCGGGACUUAAACGUGACGCUGACUGUGAGAAACCAGGGCGAGGACUCCUACAGAACACAGGUCACCUUCUUCUACCCAUCUGGCUUGUCCUAUCGGAGGGUGUCAGGAGCCCAGAACCAGCGCUCACAGCGGUCCUGGCGCCUGAUCUGUGAGUCUGACGUCUCCACUGAAGGGUCUGGGACCUUGAAGAGCACCAGCUGCAGCAUAAACCACCCCAUCUUCCCAGACAACUCGGAGAUCACCUUCAAUAUCACAUUUGACGUGAAUCCUGAUGCUUUCUUUGGAAACAAACUACUUCUCAAGGCCAACGUGACCAGUGAGAACAACAUACCUGGGAACAACAAAACCAAAUUCCAGCUGCAGCUGCCUGUGAAAUACGCUGUCUACAUGGUGGUCACCAGCCUUGAGGUCUCGACCAAAUAUCUCAACUUCACAGCCUCAGAGAAGACCCGCCACAUUAUAGAGCAUCAGUAUCAGUUCAACAACCUGGGCGGGAGGAAGCUCCCCAUCAGCGUGGUCUUCUUGGUCCCCAUCCAGCUGAACAAAGUGACCGUGUGGGACCAGCUCCAAGUCACCUUCUCCCAGAACCUCUCCAGUAGAUGCCACACCAACAAGAUUGACCCUCGUCGCUCUGACUUCCUGGGGGAGCUUAAGAAGGCCCCACUGCUGAACUGCUCCAUCGCUGUCUGCCAGAGAAUCCAGUGUGACAUCCCGUCCUUUGGCGUCCAGGAAGAAUUCAAGGUCACCCUCAAGGGCAACCUCUCAUUUGACUGGUACAUCAAGACUUUGCAUAACCAUCUUCAGGUUGUGAGCACGGCGGAGAUCUUGUUUGAUCAUUCGGAGUUUGCCCUGCUCCCAGGACAGGGCGCAUUUGUGAGGGCCCAGACAGAGACCAAGGUGGAGCCUUACGAAGUAUAUAGCCCUGUCCCGUUGAUCGUGGGCAGCUCGGCUGGGGGGCUGUUACUCCUGGCCCUCAUCACGGGCGGCCUGUACAAGCUUGGCUUCUUCAAACGGCAGUACAAGGACAUGAUAACUGAAGCUGGCCCUGAAACUGCUCCCCCGCAGUAACAGCAGCUCCUUCCCCACUCUUUGCUGAGUGGCCUCCCCUGCAGCAAACAGGAUGUGGUCAGACUGAAGAGCGAGCGGGUCCCCAGGCUGCUGGACGGACACAUCUGUUGGGAGACCAGGGCAGUGAUGUCUCACUCAGGAGCAACCUGCUUGGGUUUCCAUUCCUGUGUGUGUGUGUGUGUGUGUGUGUGUGUAUGUGCGUGUGCAUGCACGAGUGUGAAUUGUGUGUGUGGCUCAGAUCUCUCUUGCAUGAGGACAAGUGCCUUUGGCACAAAUCUCAGGCAGAGGGAGUUGCUUGGGCUUCCUUGUGUGGGAGUGAAGGUGCCAUUGGUUCUUCCUCAGGGACAGAGGUGAUGGCAGCUCUUGUGGGUGAACACAAAGGGAAGUGCAAGAAAUCCUCCCCCAGCUAUAGGAAGUGAGACCUCCUUUCAUGGGUGAGCCCACAGGCCAGCAGGAACCCAUGCAGCUGGGCCUGAGCCUACCCGGACAAGCCAGCAGGAACCUGUCCAACCCAUUCCGCACUAGAGCUGAUGUGUCCAGUGCACAAUGGUGCACCUCCCUUUAUGUAUUCACUUUAUUAUUUUAAUGCUACUUUUAUUUUUUGAAUAGAUGAACAGGUCUGUAGUAUCAAAAUCAAAAGACACGCAAGGGUGUGUGAUGAAGUUUCCCUUCCAUCCUGGUCUGCCAGCCAUUUAGGUCUCUUGUAACGGGUAGUCCAGGUUGUGCAUUUGGGGUCUCCUUCACAAAGAUUCUAGGCGUAUGCAAACACACACACACAUACACACGCACAAGCUUUUUUACACAAAUGGCAGCAUGCGUUGUUUAUACUGUCUGCAUCUUGCUUUUUUCAUUAAUAUGGCUCAGACAUUGUUUUAUAUGAAGACAUAAAGUACUUUUUCAUUCUUUUAUAUAGUGCACCACGUUCCACUGUGUGGGUGGAUCCUAACGUCCUUAACAGUCUCCCUCUGAUACAUUAUUUCCAACUUCUCGCAAUGACAAACAAUGGUGAAUUAAUAAAUUGA